CUUUGUACACAGCUUCUCUGCUUUAUUGUUAUCUUCUCUUACACAUUUAAUCUCGUUCCGCAAUGCCUCGCUUUGUGUCGGUCGCUCCCUUCUUCCUCUUCGCACUUCCCCUUGCAUUUGCCACCCCCAUUGCCACUAGAGACUCUAGUAAUGGUUCCAAUGCAUCCGACAAUGAUGUUCAGGCGUACUUGAGCGCUCACAACUCGGUUCGCGAACAACAUGGCGCUGCAGCUUUGACUUGGAACAACGAACUCGCCGCCAAGGCUCAACAGUGGGCGGACGGCUGCAUAUUCCAGCAUUCCGGCGGGACCCUGGGACCUUUCGGAGAGAAUCUCGCUGCUGGAACUGGCAGCAGUUUCGGUAUCGCUAGUGCUGUUGGGUCUUGGGCAAGCGAAGCUUCCCAAUACAAUCCGAGCAACCCUGUGGCGUCCCACUUCACCCAGAUGGUUUGGAAGGCUACCACUGAGCUUGGAUGUGCCGAGCAACAGUGCAACGGCAUCUUUUCCGCGAGCUUCGGGCCCGCAAGCUACUUCGUCUGCGAAUAUUCUGUUCAGGGCAAUGUGAUUGGACAGUUUGCACAAAACGUGCAAGCUUAG